AUGUUCCGCUGGGGCACCGCAAGGUGCCGUUGCGGAACAGAUUCUGAAGUAGCUGAAGUGAAACCCUUGAAACUCAAAAAGAUGGAAGUUGAAGAAGCUAUUCCAGAGGAGGAUGAAGAGAUGGAUGUGCCCGUCACUAGAGGACGGAGGAAAGCAACAACGCAGCAGGCAAGUGGGAGUGCUGAGGUAAGGCCGGAUAAACAUAUAAAUUUCGCACGAAACAAUUGAGA